CUCGGCGCGGGGGUCUGGGAGUCUGGGCCUUGCAUUUCUCCACCGGGGCGCUGCGCUGGGAACCCAGUGAUCCCAGCGGCCGCGGCCAUGUCCGGCGUGGAUGAUUGCGAUACCAAGUCAGUGGCUUCGACCACCUCCAAGACCUCCAAAGCCUCGAAGUAUUCCGUGCGGAGUUUUAUGUCCAAGGCCUCAUCUGUUUCUGCAUCUGUGAAAAGAGGUCUCAGCUCCUUCGCUCCCAGCAUGCGGAAGACCACCGCCUCAGUGGCCGCCAUGGUGGAUUUGGGCCCUGGCGAUGUGUGCGAAACCUCAUCCUUAGUGACCAUCCGAAAAGAGGAGAGCCUGGAUAGCAACCUGGUGUGCGAAGUGGCUCCCGGCCAGACCUUGGACGUCAUCGAGGUGGGACAAGGGCGCAGAAUCAAGGUGAGGAACGCCCAAGGCGUGGAAGGUUGGAUCAGUUCCAAGACGAAACUCAACGAACCCUUGGUCAUCAAGAGAAAGAAAGAGUUGGAACAGGCCAUGGAGGGCUGGGAAACGAACGUUCAACACGAGGUGAAAUCCAUGGUCACCGUGAGGACGGGAGAAGCCUUGGACAGUGACUACAUUGGUGAAUUGAAAGCAGGAGCCAUUAUCACCAUCAAGGAAUUGGGUGUUCAGAACAAGCGAAGAGCCCUUGUGGAUUCAGGUAUGGUCGUUGGAUGGAUUAGCUUGGUGACAAAGACCGGGGAGCAUUUGGUGGGCAAAGUCACCGGGGCAAGCAAGCCAGCAACAAUGUGGGGAAGCAACAAAGUCAAGGAGAUGUUGGAAAUCUGUCGUUGUGGAGAGUUGCAUGUCCUGAAGAAGAUGAUUGAGCCUGGCACUGGCAUCAUGUCCAAGUUUAGCCAGCGGCCCAAUCUGAAUGCCAGCGACGUCCGCGGGAAAACCGCUUUGAUUUAUGCUUCGAGCUACGGGCAUCGCGAGGUGGUGGAGUAUUUACUGAGCAAGUCCAAGGAUAUUGAGGUGAAUGCAGUGGACGAUACCGAUAAGACCGCCCUGCAUCAUGCAGCACGCAGGAACGUGGAAGAUGACGAAAAACAGGCGGAUAUUAUCACCAUGUUGCUGCACGCCAAGGCCUACAUUGAGGCGCGAGACCACAACGGCUGCACUGCCCUGAUGUUCGCCGUGGCCAAUGGCAACGAGGCUAUCACUCGACGUUUGAUCCUGGCACAAGCCAAUGUGAACAACUUUGACUACGAGAACCACAGUUGCCUCAACUACGCCCUGCAGUUCAAUCAGACCAAACUCGUGGGUUUGCUGAAGAAGGCUGGAGCCAUGGACAAGCUGAGCUUGGACGAUGAGGACGAGGAAGAGGAUGAUGGUGCCGCAUCCAUGUCACCCUCGGCGUCGCCCAGUCGCUUGCAGUUGCCCCGUGGAUUGCCCGACUGCGAGACGAGUUCUUGUGCCGAGAGCUUGUCGACAGAGGCACCUGAGACGUCACCGCUGUCGGCCGCGACGGGUGGAGCAGACUCGCCCGAGGUGAAGAAAAAGAAGAAGAAAGUCAAGGAGGAGGGCGAGGCGAGUCCUGAUGCUGUCAAAAAGAAGAAAAAGGCAACCGCUGAUGGCGAGAAGGCCGAGAAAGGAACCAAGAAGAAGAAGGUGAAGAGUCAAGGCUUAGGUGAGAAGGGCCUCAUGGAGGCAGUAGCCGUACAGGAUGAAGGAGCGAUCACCGUGAAGGAGGAGCAUCGGCCUGCGGCCUUGGGCGGCCUUGGAUAUCCAUUU